ACCUCGUCCUUAGCCUCAGGCACAGGCAUUAGCUCUCUUGAUUACUUCUCCAUCCUUCAGCUACCUGAUCCAAUAACACAACAGCAUCAACACUAGCAACCCAAUUGAGCAGAGCACUCACCUCAUAGCAUCAUGCCGAAAGACCGAAGAAUCAAUCGCCAUCCUCGCUACUACACUCCCCGUAUCUGGGGAUCAUUCGAGUACGAACACAACGGCAGGACUCAGACCAUUGAGUUCACCAAGGAAGGCAAUGAGCACGGCUCAGGUAGCCGCGGCUAUGUCUUUGGCUUUCGACCCGACUGCGAUGUCAUCUUGCCAGGCGGCAACUCUGUCAACGAUCGGCAUUUUGUUGUCUAUAGAGAACUGGAGUCGGGCAUAGAGUGCGUCCGAUUGAGAGACACAAGCCCGUGCGGGACACUUGUGAACGAUGUUGUCAUUGGAAUGGGCUGUACGACUCGACUCGAACAUGGUGACAGGAUCACCUAUGUUAGUGAGAAGCCGAAAACUGGCCCGACGAAAGGCAAGAAACUCAACGGCGUAGUUUACACAUUUAUACAAGGCGAACGUGGCCAGGACAUGACAUUUGACAGUCAAUUUGACAUGGCGCGAGCGUCUUUGGGGAUCGGAAACACCGCGUCUGUCUUCAAGGCGACGGAAAAGACAACGGGCACUGUGUACGCCGUCAAGGUCGUCAAGGACAUGGAUGCUGUGAAUGUGAAGGUUGCGCUCAGUCUGGAGCGCGAGAUAGGGACGCUUAUGAGUAUCGACCACCCGAAUCUCCUCCGGAUAUACAAAGUGUUUAGUGAGGAGCGCAGAUGCUGCGUGGUGAUGCAGCUGGCGGAGGGGGGCGAGCUCUUUGACGCUGUCAAAGACAGAGGGAGGUUCUCAGAGCCUCUGGCAAGACACGUUUUCCGUCAGCUCCUGAAUGGAGUCAAGUACAUGCAUGACAGGGGAAUCGUACAUCGUGAUUUGAAGCUGGAGAACAUCCUUAUCACUGACAGGGGAGCCAUGACGGUGACGAUUUCCGACUUCGGCUUAGCGAACAUCGUGAACAGAGGUCGCCUCCUAUCAACUGUAUGUGGAACCCCGAUGUAUGUGGCGCCCGAGGUCCUUCGUAGAAGUCAUUACGGAAAGCCCGUGGAUAUGUGGAGUCUCGGCGUUGUAUAUUAUAUCAUGCUAUGCGGGUUCCCUCCGUUCAGUGACGACCUUGUACCGCCCAGCUUGAAACAUCAAAUUCUCAACAACCUUUAUACGUUCCCUUCGCCAUACUGGGACGACAUCAGUGACGAGGCAGUUGACUUAGUUCAGGCCCUGUUGUGCGACGAGCCGGGGAAACGCAUCACUGUAGAUGAUUCUCUCGCCCAUGAGUGGAUGCAGCUGUCGGAAUCGCAAGGCUCGAAGCCCAUACAAGCCAGAACUGGCGAUAUGCCAAAGGUCGAGACCAUGGUGAAGAGGAUCCAGAACGAGCACCUCUUUCGAACAAGAGCACGCUCUCGCACCCAAUCCGUGCAAUCAUCUACAUCCAUGGGCUCAAACCGAUCAUUCACAACCAUUGCUCUCAAUAAUCUAUCUUCGAGUUCGAUGAAGUCUCGGCCUGCCACACCAAGAGCGGUGUUGAGUUCGACAGGAAGUUCUGAUGCUACCAUGUCCACACCCACGCUUACCUGCCACAGCAGCAGCACUGCUGGCAAUGAAGUCCCUCGCAACGAGCCUCGGAGUGCUGCGUCGUCAUCAUCCUCGUCCACGGAAACGCUGGUGUCUUCAGAGACAGAACAGAAGUAGAUGGUAAGCAAGACGACAGACCGCAUUGGUCCCUAUCUAUCAUCUCUCUCCCCUUCUGAGAAAUUUCGCAAUCAGCCCUCUAGCAGACAUUAGUCCAAGUGUAUACAACCUGGAUUUUCUUCGUUUUCCGGUUAGCAUAGCUUGCCUAAUGUGUAUAUCUUGUGUUUCAAAAAGCAGAACAUCUGUGGCACCUUGCUGUGCACAUUGCAACUCCAAGUUAAUAAAGUGCACAAACCCCCC